AGUGAAAAUCAUGGCGAUUGAGUAGUAGUUGCAUCAGCGCAGGCACCCGGCAGACUUUUCACUGCUAACUACACGCUGUAGGUCUGAUAAAUUGCUUUCAUUGAAAAAAUAAGUGAAGGUACUGUGAAAAGAAGAGUAGAAUCUGUUUGAACAGGGGUUGAGAAUCUGUAUGCAAAUCAUGAAAUUGUUUGUGAGCGAAGGUAAUCCGCACUGUUUGAAAGUGUUGGCUGUACUAGAACUUACUGGAGUCAAAUGCGACGUUCAGCAUGUGAACCACGAAGAGAAAGUGGUGCCAUUCCUCAGUCGUCCAACUCUGCCUGCUCUCCAUCUUCGCGGUGGGCUUUACCUGUUCAGCACCAAUGCCAUCUGCCAAUACUUUUAUGAAGUCAGUGGAACAGAGUCCAACAAACAAAGUAACCAGUGGCUGGAAUGGGAGGCUACAGAACUGCAGCCUGCACUGACUCGCGCCCUCCACUUGGCGGUGAUGCAAGGAAAAACAACAGAUCCAGCCAAAGCACUCGAAGCUCCCCUUAGUUUCCUAGAGCAAAGCUUGACCAAAAGGACCACGGCUUUCUUGACAGCAGAGACUGUGGGAGUUGCAGACAUUGUCCUCUGGGGAGCACUUUACCCUGCUUUCCUAGAGAACGGUUUGAAGAUGGGUGAGCUGCAGUCCACAAAAACCUGGUUUGACCGGGUCGGGGUCCUGCCAGCCUGUGAGGCCUCUUCUCGGAUCGUGUUUAAGGGGAAGGGCGUGGAGGCCCUCAAGGGAUACCUGCAGAAGCAGCCAGUUCCGCACGGCUCUCAGGCACACAGAGACUCUCACACAAGCAGCAGUGGCAGCCCAACAGAGACAGAAGACUCAGACCGUGUCAUGACGGAGGAAGAGAUGGAGGCAGCAGCUCAGAUCUGGAAUCAGCGGAUUGACUGCCAAACCAGGCCUGAGAGGAAACAUCCCAUUCUGCCGGAGGAGGGGAAGCGUAACGUCCUGAUCACCAGCGCUCUGCCUUACGUCAACAACGUUCCUCAUCUGGGAAACAUCAUUGGUUGCGUGCUCAGCGCGGACGUCUUUGCUAGGUAUGGCCGCCAGCGGGGCUGGAAUCUGCUCUACAUCUGCGGGACGGACGAGUAUGGGACGGCCACAGAGAACAAGGCGCGGGAGGAAGGCCUGACACCGCAGGAGAUCUGUGACAAGUACCACACCAUCCACGACAGCAUCUACAAGUGGUUCCAGAUCGACUUUGACUUCUUUGGACGCACUACCACCCCGAGACAGACUGAGAUUUCCCAGAACAUCUUCUGGCGCCUCCACGAGCGCGGGUUCCUCAUCGAGGACACGGUGGAGCAGCUGCGCUGCGAGAGCUGCCAGCGCUUCCUGGCCGACCGCUUUGUGGAGGGUGUGUGUCCCUUCUGCUACUACCCAGAGGCCCGCGGCGACCAGUGUGACAAGUGUGGCCGUCUCAUCAAUGCUGUGGAGCUGAAGGAGCCUCAGUGCAAAGUCUGUAAACAAACACCCGUCAUUCGCUCUUCCAAACAUUUGUUCUUGGACCUACCAAAGUUGGAAGCGAAUCUGGAGCAGUGGCUGGACCGGUCAGUGAGCACCGGGGACUGGACGACCAACGCUCGAAACAUCACCCGCUCAUGGCUGCGGGACGGCCUGAAGCCGCGCUGCAUCACCAGGGACCUGCGCUGGGGCACCCCUGUACCACAUCCUGACUUCGCAGGCAAGGUUUUCUAUGUGUGGUUUGAUGCUCCUAUUGGUUACCUGUCAAUUACUGCAAACUACACAGACCAGUGGGAGAAAUGGUGGAAGAAUCCACAACAGGUGGAGCUGUACAACUUCAUGGCAAAGGACAACGUGCCUUUCCACACUGUGGUAUUCCCGUGUUCUCUACUGGGUGCUCAAGACAACUAUACACUAGUUAACCACCUCAUUGCUACAGAGUAUCUGAACUACGAGGACACUAAAUUCUCCAAGAGUCGAGGCGUGGGGGUGUUUGGAGACAUGGCCAAGGACACGGGCAUCCCGUCGGACGUGUGGCGCUUCUACCUGCUCUACCUUCGACCCGAGGGUCAGGACGCCGCCUUCUCUUGGGCAGACAUGGCCCUCAAGAACAACUCGGAGCUGCUCAACAACCUGGGGAACUUCAUUAACAGAGCUGGCAUGUUUGUCAGUAAGUUCUUUGAGGGCUGUGUGCCUCAGGUGGUUCUGCAGGUGGAGGAGAAGAGGCUGCUGGCUCAGGUGGGCUGGGAGCUCAAGCAGUACAUCCAGUUCUUAGACAAAGUCAGGAUCCGCGAUGCCUUAAAGUGCAUCCUGAACAUCUCUCGCCAUGGAAACCAGUAUAUCCAAGUGAAUGAGCCCUGGAAGAAAAUCAAAGGAUGCGAUGCAGACAGGCAGCGCGCAGGCACCGUGACCGCCGUGUCCGUCAACAUGGCCGUCCUCCUGUCUGUCAUGCUGGAGCCCUACAUGCCCACGGUCAGCGAGACCAUCCGCACGCAGCUGCAGGCGCCGCCCGGCUCCGCCCACAUCAUGCUGCAAGGGGAGGGCAACUUUGUUUGCUCGCUGUCCGCCGGACACCGCAUCGGCACGGUCAGCCCAUUGUUCCAGAAGCUUGAGACGGAGCAGAUCGAGUCCUUAAAGAAGAGAUUCGGAGGCCAGCAGCCGGAGGAGGAGGAAACAUCUAAGAAGCAGACGCCGACCAUCGCCCAGACAAAUGCCGCCACCAAAACCAGCGUCCCCGCCCCUGCGGCUGCACCAGAGACGCCCAUCAAGGCCGACCCCGAGCUCGCCAAGCAGCUGGCGGCCGCCGUUGCCGAGCAGGGUGACAAAGUCCGGGCUCUAAAGGCCCAGAAGGCAGAGAAGGCUGUCAUCGGAGCGGAGGUGGCCAAACUACUGGAGCUGAAGAAACAGAUGGCCUUGGCCGAGGGCAAAAACCCGGAACCUUCUCCUCAGAAAGGCAAGAAGAAGUGAGACCAUAACGAGAGAUGGUAGAUGGAGACGCUGAAUCUUAAUCAGAAAUGGGUGGGAAGCGAGUAUGAGUGAGGUUUGUAUACGGUUGUGGGAUCACAAUGUGAAUGAAAAGACAAGGCUGCAGUCUGUAGAGGUCUACACGGGGGUUCAAAGGCAAGGGGGUUGGAGAAAGGUCCUCCGCUAAAGUGGAGAAAACAACCACCAUCAAAGCCGCAGGAAUCCACUGGAGUGUGUUUCCGAGGCUACUGAUGUUGGCAAUGAAAGGGAAUUGUUUCAUAGGAACAUCAAUUCUUUAAUGAGCCUUUUCAAGUCUAUGUGAAUAGCGAUGGUUAAUGCAAGGUCUGGGCUUGGCUGUUUAAUGGAAGAAACAGAUGUAUGUUUUUUGCCGUAAAAUACAUUUUUUAAAAUUCAGGACAUACUUCAGGGACUCCAUUCAAAAUCUGUCUUUUGUUGAUCAUAUAGAUGAACUACUACACCAUGUUUGUCAUGCAGCCAAAUUAAGCAAUUUCCACAAUAAACUUGUUAACUUGUUAAA